AUGGCUGAUCCCUCGAGGAGGAUCAUCUGCGGCAUCCGAGCUCUCCAUGCGAGGGCUGUGCGCAGGGAUCCCAUCUUCUGGUUCGCGUCCGGUCCCCAAGCCUCCGUGAGUUCCCCGUUCAACGGGAGUGGGAGCUUCUCCUCCGCCGUGGUUCCCAAUGCGGCUUCUGAUUUGGGGCUCUCGAGCUUUGGAGCUCAGAUGAGGUCGUGCUCUGCGUCUGGGAUUUGGUCUAGGGUUUUUUCUCUCGGAGGCUUCCCCCCGUCAGCGCCGUCUAAUUUGGCGUCGUCUCGUGGCUUCUCCGCCAGAUCCGACCGUGGUCUCCGUCCUUACAGAAACUGGAGAGGCAAUUACUCCUCUGGAUUACAGAGUUCCUGUUGUUCCGUAGCCGGCGUCGCUCCUGCGAGUGGUGCCAGGGUUAUCUGCAACUCGUUGAAGGCUGCGUUUUCCUCUUCCACGAAGCUGAAAUCCCAUGAGACCAUUGGGAGAUCGUUUGCGGCGAAGCCACUCAUUGCUUUGUCUUCUGUGGUAUCGCGUUACCGUGAGGUUAUCGGGUUGCAGACGGAGGCAUUCUGGAAGAGGAACUACCUGGUGCUGGUGGGGGCAGCUGGUGUAUUACUUUGUAUCGUUCUGUGGAGGCUCAUGUUUGGAGUGGCGAGCACCUUCGUCGGGCUCUCUGAAGGCAUGGCCAAGUACGGGUUCCUUGCUUUGGCCUCCGCGAUGGUAGCUUUCACUGUGAGUACCUCAAUUCCUCCUCCCUAGUAUUGUUUGGUCUUCACCCUGAAACAAACUGGACCAGUGCAGCGGGACGAAUGGCGGGAUUGCCCUUAAUCCCCUAUUAUUUACAUGAUUUUGGUAAGGAAGCUUACUCAUCCAAUUUCAUCAAGUAAGAUGAACACAGAGAUAUAUGACACUCCUUUGGACGAAGAAACCGUGCUAUGCUUGAAAGCUAUAUGCUUACCUGCCUUCCAUUUUGUUUUUUGUUUUUUUCUUCUGACCUGCAUUGGGCCGGAAAUGAAGACGUGAUUUCUCUCGAGAGACUUGUGCUCGAAAUUUCCUGGGAAUUAUAUAAUUUUUCAUCAUUUUACUGAUCCAUACAUGUUUAGGAGCUGUUUGGUCCAUUUGUGGACCUUGAACCAUUUCAUCGCUCAGGGUGUGGUGUGCUCUAUUACAAUUGUUUAUGAUAGUUCAGUUGGUGCAGAGAAGAUCUUGGCUUCAUUCCCAAUGCAUAUUUGGCUCGGAGUUAAUACACUGGCCUAUGGUCACCUAUAAUAUUUAUAACAUGAUCUAGGGUUCAGUUCACUUUGCUGCUUGGAGAAUCACAUCGCUCUGUGGGGAGAUGUAGAUAAAAGAGUAGAAGUAAUGUCACCAUACGCUGAUAAAGGUCUUCUGCCUUCCUGUAACUGUAGCCAUUGUCCCCCUUGCCUUAGUGUCGUCCGUUCGCUUUCCACUGUCGUACUUGACUUGACGUGGAUGAAAAAAAAAGGGUCAGAAUCCCAGUGGGUUCUCUUUCUUGAUGGAAGGUCGUUGUCAAUUGUCUACCUUUGGGUAGAUAUUAGUGUUUGAUUCUAUACCUGUAUUAUUUUGGGUAUACGGUGAAUAUUGCAAUGGAAAGAUCUUGCGGAAUGGAAGACAUGUUUGACAUCUGUGACUGAUGCCCGUUCAACGUGUAUGACUCCCGACAAUUUGACCUUGUUUGAUGCAAUGUGCAACCGAAUCAAUCGAUAUGAGCGACCCAUCUUUAGAUCUCAAUAAGAAAGCUUCCUAUCUUUCGAUUUAAGCAAUCUACGCUUAGAAUCACCGCAAAUUGAUGCUGUUCGGACAUGACUCAGAAUGAUCUUGCUUGAGCUGAUCUUUCACUCAUCCAAGUUAUGGAAAUAAACAACGUAGUUGGUGAAGCUAGAUAUCACAAGUUUUUUCUACAGUCAUCAAUGAUCUGCCUGCCGAUUAGGUCAGUCAGAAUUGGAACUGGACCCAUCUGUUCCUGUUCCUAAGCUAGAAAAACAUACCUGGUUAGACAUCAAUAUAUCUUUGUCUGAAAUUUAUUAUGUUCAGACAAUAAAUUUUCAAAUUUUUACACUGUGCGGUAAAUUAUUUGAUUUCUUUGUUUGUGAUGAUUCAAAUGUAGUAGAAUCGCUGUUUCUACUCGGUGAUGAACUGAACGAGGCUCUGAUUUCACCUGAGAGAGUAAUGUUUCUGCGUAUGAUAAGAUUAUUUCCCAUUUAUUUUCUGCUUCAUAAAAAAAUUCCGAUUUUGGUAAUGGAGUCUGGAGUUCGCCAGUGCUGAGAAGGAAAUCCUGAUUUCUUUCUCUCCACAGGGCAUAUAUUUGCGUGCGAGAUUCACUGUAAAUCCUGACAAGAUCUACAGAAUGGCCAUGAGGAAGCUGAACACAUCUGCAGGAAUUCUCGAGAUCAUGGGCGCCCCUUUGACGGGGACAGACGUGAGGGCGUAUGUGAUGUCGGGCGGUGGAGUCCGCCUGAAGAACUUCAAGUUGAGAUUCGGCGGCAAGAGAUGCUUCCUGAUCUUCCCCAUUAAGGGCUCUGACAGAAGAGGCCUAGUCAGCGUCGAAGCAAAGAAGAAGAAAGGCCAGGUUUUUCUCCUCAUCCAUCGCUCAUUCUCUCACUUGAUUCUCGAGUUGACCUGUGCGUCCAUUGCAGUACGACAUAAAACUGCUAGCAGUUGACAUUCCCAUGGCGACGGGCCCCGACCAGCGCAUUUUCAUGAUCGGAGAUGAGGCGGAGUACAGAGUCGGCGGCGGGUUGAUAUCAGAGCUCAGAGAUCCCAUCGUGAAGGCCAUGGCGGCGGAGAAGGAGUUCGAGGACCAGGAUCUCAGGGAGGAGGAAGAAGAUGAGAAGAGGGAGCUCGAAGAGGAGGAAAGAAGACGACAGGGUGAGAUGGUGAAGCUCAAGAACGAGGGUUCCUAG